AUGGUGAAGAACCUUAAAGUCGAUCCUCAUGCUAAGGUCACUGCCUCCACCACUUCCAUGAAGAGCCAGUCAGAGCAAUAUUAUGGAACUCUUGAGACAUAUCAAGGCUUGCCUUGUCCUUAUGGUGGCUACUAUGGAUUCUACUAUCCAGGUCUUGAUGGUACAGUUGGAGAAGCAAAAGAUAAUGGAUACUAUGGUUAUGGAACAGAAGUCCAGUACCCGGUUAUGCAAGGGGAAAAUGGAUCUUUGAUCUACAUGAUGCCAGGGUAUCAAUCUUAUGAUCAUGUUAGCCCCACUUAUAUGCCUAUAAGCCCUGUUGGUGUAUCAAGCCAGGCGCUUCAUUCGCCGAUUUAUGCAACUGCUCAGGGAUAUUAUCAGAACCAAUAUGGUUAUGGAGAUGUUUCAUCGCCGACCUAUCUAUGGGAUCCUAUCGGAGACAAGUAUGUGUAUGGUGUUGCUUCAAAUACUCAACCUUUGAAACAGAACAUAUCUUCUUCAAGUCAUAACAAUAACCAUAACCAUAGCAAUUAUUACUCAAAGAGCAAGACUUCCUUCGAUCGUCCUAAAACACCCCGAAAAAACAGCUAUGCUCCAGUCUCAGUGCAUAAUCAAGAGAGAGGUGGAAUUGCAGAGCCGGUAAAGAAAAAGUCUGGAGCUUUAAAUCGUGAUGAGACAGAGAAGGCGAAAGCGAGGAACAAAGAGAAUGGCCAAGAACAUGUUGUCAAUGGAGAAUGUGAGUCAUGUUCGGUGGAUGUUGAAGGGAAAGAAAUAAGCAAGUCUGUGAGCAGAAGGGAUCAAUAUAACCUGUCUAGCUUUCAGACAAAGCACGAGGAAGCAAUGUUCUUUGUGAUAAAAUCUUAUAGCGAAGACGACAUUCACAAGAGCAUCAAGUACAAUGUCUGGUCAAGUACUCUCAAUGGGAACAAGAAGUUAGACAGUGCAUUUCAAUUAUCUCAAAAGAAGAUUUCAGAGAAAAGUGGGAAGUGCCCUGUUUUCCUUUUCUUCUCGGUGAAUGCAAGUGGCCAAUUCUGUGGUGUAGCUGAGAUGGUUGGACGAGUGGAUUAUGAGAAAAGCAUGGAGUUUUGGCAGCAAGAUAAGUGGACCGGCUAUUUCCCGGUUAAGUGGCAUAUCAUCAAAGAUGUUCCAAAUCCUCAACUACGACAUAUAAUUCUUGAGAACAAUGAGAACAAGCCUGUUACUAAUAGCAGAGACACACAAGAGGUGAGGUUGCCACAAGGGAAUGAAGUGUUGAACAUCUUCAAGAACUAUGCAGCAAAGACAUCAAUAUUAGAUGAUUUCGAUUUUUAUGAAAACAGAGAGAAGGUUAUGGUACAGAAGAAGCUGAGGUUCCCUCCUGCAUUAAAGAAGAAAGAAGAAGACUUGGCUGCUGAUUUCCAAACAAUGGAGAUAUCUGAUAAAGUCAAAGAGGGAGAAACAGAGUUAACCGGGACUGUGAACUAA